AUGCCACCCCCAAGGGAUUCCUCCCCAGAACGGGACUACCGACCCAGGAGACAGUCGGCGCAGAGACGCAGCCGCAACUCUUCAGCGGUCAGGGAUAGUGAUGAUGACCGCGCUGGUCGCGAUCCAAGGCGCAGAAGCAGGAGACCCGAGUCUGGCACCAGCGUACCGCCAAUCACCAGAGGAGGCGAAACCAGAGGAGAAUCGUCAAAUCGCAGUUCGGCAACGCUUUCAGCAGCAGCUCUGGCCCAGCUCAACAAGCAGAAUGCAAAACGGAAAGCCAGCCCAAAGAAAGAGGUCAAAAAGGCUCUCGAGCGGGGCCUCGAUGCCCAGAGCGAGAGGGAUAUAGCAUGGGAACGGGAGCAGGAAAAGGAGAGGGAGCGCAUGCGUGAGGCCAGGAGACAGUCAAGGAUGCAGCGCGAGAAGGAGCGGGAGCGGGAGCAACAGGAAAAGGAGCGUGAAAGAGAGCGGGAGCGAGUGCGGGAAAGAGAUCGCGAAAGGGAACGCGAAAGGGAACGGGAAAGGGAGCGGGAAAGGGAUCGCGAGAGGGACAGAGAGAGAGCAAGGGUCAAACCACCAAGAGUGGCUGCGGUGGAAAGCGAGGACGAGUACCGAUACUCGACUUCGAGGAGGCCGAGAGAUUCCAGAGAUGCCGCCAGGGACGACAGACCACGACCAUCCAAGCCGAGAAUGGUACCACCCGAUAGCGACGAUGAGUACCAGUAUCUUACGGCAAGGAAAAGGGACGAAAGGGCGAGGAAAAGGGCAUCGGCCAUGGAGAGCGACGACGAGUAUCAACGCCUUACCCCGCAUAGGAGGACAGACAGUGACGACAAGGGCUACCGGGUGGUGGAUGCUAGACCUGACAAACCUAAAAGCUAUGAGCGGUUACGUCCAGAUAACAGAAGAAGGGAGGAUACAAGUCGGCUUAGGGUGGCUAGCGGCCCUAUGCUCGAACAAGGAAUAAGGGCACGGAAUGUGAGUGGUGGCAUGCUAGAGAAAGGCGGCUUUAUGGCAAGAUUCCAAAAUCUCCGUGGCGGACAUGGCGGGCCAAGUAUGUCUUCCAGUAGUGGUUAUGACUCCGUGGACAAGAUGUCGGAUGAAAUAGGGUCGUCCCCACCCAAAAGGAAACGGAAGAAGCUAUGGAUUGCGGUUGGCAUCGGUGUGGUUAUCGUCAUCAUCAUUAUCAUUAUCGCCGUUACCGUCAGCCAAAAGAAGUCAGGCGACGACGGUGACAAGGACAGUGAUGACACUCCUUCCCAAGGCUUGGACGACAUCUCACCCGACGACAUCCCCGCCGACGCCCCAACCUGGCUAAACCCUUUCAAAUGGGCCGACACGACCGACUUCAAUCUCACCUACACCGCCCAGAUGGUCGGCGACCUACCCGUCAUGGGCCUCUUCUCCAAAUGGGACGAUUCCAAAGCUGCCAACGACCGUGUCCCAGCUCUCAACAAGCCAUGGGGUGACUACUCCAAGCUACCGGCCCGCGGCGUCAACGUCGGCGGCUGGCUCAGUCUCGAGCCCUUUAUCACCCCCUCCCUCUUCGCCUACGACUUACGAGUGGGCGUCGUCGACGAAUACACACUCUGUAAGCACCUCGGCUCCCGGUGCGAGUCUGUGUUCGAGAAACACUACGCCACCUUCGUAACGGAACAAACCUUCAAAGAGAUCGCCGACGCCGGCCUCGACCACGUCCGCAUCCCUUUUUCCUACUGGGCCGUCCAAACCUACGACGGCGACCCGUACGUCUUCCGCACCUCAUGGCGCUACCUCCUGCGCGCCAUCGAGUGGUGUCGCAGGUACGGGCUGCGCGUUAACCUAGAUCUACACGGCCUCCCCGGUUCUCAAAACGGAUGGAACCACUCCGGCCGUCAAGGGUACAUCGGCUGGCUGAACGGCACGGACGGCGACCUAAACGCCAAACGUUCUCUCGAAAUCCACGACCGCCUCUCCAAGUUCUUCGCGCAAGACCGGUACAAGAACAUCAUCUCCCACUACGGGCUAGCCAACGAGCCGAAGAUGACGUACCUAUCCGUCGACGCUGUGCUGCAAUGGAUCGAAGACGCUUACGCGAUGGUGCGCAAGAACGGUGUCAAGGACGCCAUCGUCGUCUUCGGCGACGGGUUUCGCGGGCUGGAUAACUGGCAGGGGGAACUACAGGACCUGGGCGACGGCGCGGCGCUGGACGUACAUCAGUACGUCAUCUUCAACACCAACCAGAUCGUGUACAAGCACUACGACAAGAUCAAGUUCGCGUGCGAAGGGUGGACGGAGCAGACGGAACUAUCAAUGGACAGGUCGCGCGGCUACGGUCCGACGCUGGUGGCUGAGUGGUCGCAGGCUGACACGGAUUGUGCGAAACACCUGACGAAUGUCGGCUGGGGAAACCGGUGGACGGGGACGCUGGUGACGGGGAGCCCCGGCAGUGAUGUGCUCACGCCACGAUGUCCUUACAAGGAUCGACGGUGCGAUUGUAUUGCUGCGAACGCGCCGCCGGAUCAGUGGAGUGAUGAUUACAAGACCUUUUUGAAGAUGUUUGCGGAGGCGCAGAUGUACAGCUUUGAAAAAGGGUGGGGGUGGUUUUACUGGGUUUGGGAUACCGAGGAUGCGUAUCAAUGGAGCUACAAAAAGGGCUUGGACGCUGGUGUCUUGCCCAAGAAGGCGUACGAGAGGGAAUUCAACUGCGAUGUAUCCAAGAUUCCGUCGUUCGAGAACCUCUCGGAAGCCUUUUAA